GAGAGUUCGAGAGAAGAAGCAGAGGAGAAAAAUGGGAAGCAGAGCAGCCCUUUUCGUCUUAGUACUUUUACUGUGCUAUGGAUUGGCAAUUGCUGUAAGUUUUGUUGAAGACGAAGACUGGAGGCGUGAGAAGGAAGGGGGGGAGGAAGACUGGAGGCGGGAGAGGGAAGAGAGGGAAAGGGGGAGGGAGAGGGAAGAAACAGAGGAGGAGGAGGAAACAGAGGAUUGGUUCUUGCUUCAAGACUCGAAGGAUGUGGUGAAGACCAAUGCAGGGGAGAUGAGAGUGGUGAGGCGCCUUGGAGGAAGGAUUCUGGAUAGGCCCAUGCAUAUUGGAUUUAUCACCAUGGAGCCCAAGUCUCUGUUCAUUCCUCAGUACUUAGACUCCAGUUUGAUUCUCUUCAUCCGCAGAGGGGAAGCGAAGAUUGGAUAUAUAUACAAAGAUGCUCUGGCGGAGAGGCGAUUGAAAACGGGGGACGUUUACCGGAUUCCAGCCGGCUCGGCUUUCUACUUGGUGAACACAGGGGAGGGGCAGAGGCUUCACAUUAUCUGCAGCAUUGACACUUCUGAGAGCUUGGGCCUUCGCACUUUCCAGUCUUUCUUCAUUGGUGGAGGAUCCUACCCAACAUCUGUUCUUGCUGGAUUUGAUCGGGAAACGCUUUCGCAUGCAUUUAACGUUUCAUACUCACAACUGAGAGAGAUCUUGAGCAGGCAACGGGAAGGUCCCAUCGUUUACGUGGAAGAUUCUCGUUCGCCAAGCGUGUGGGCGAAGUUCUUGCAAAUGAAACAGCAAGACAGACUGCAACAGCUCAAGAAAAUGGUGCCGGACGACUUCCAGGAAGAACCUGUUCAUCGUCAAGAAGAGCUAACCUGGUCGUGGAGGAAGCUCUUGAAUUCGAUGUUGGGAAAGGAAACCAAGAGAAGCGACGACAAGGGCACCGGAAAAUCGCCGGACUCCUACAACCUCUACGACAGACGCCCCGAUUUCAGCAACAACUAUGGAUGGAGCGUUGCUCUCGAUGAAUCUGAUUAUGACCCUCUCAAACACUCCGGAAUUGGCGUUUAUCUCGUCAAUCUCACUGCGGGAGCAAUGAUGGCGCCGCAUGUGAAUCCUACUGCAACAGAGUACGGCAUUGUGUUAAGAGGAUCUGGAACGAUACAGGUUGUGUAUCCGAAUGGAACAUCUGCCAUGAACGCUAAGAUAACGGAAGGGGACGUGUUCUGGGUGCCAAAAUAUUUCCCCUUCUGCCAAAUCGCAUCAAGAACUGGUCCAUUUGAGUUCUUUGGAUUCACGACGUCGGCAAGGAAGAACCGACCGCAGUUUUUGGUGGGUGCGAGCUCGGUUCUCCAGACCAUGCUAGGCCCCGAGCUCGCCACCGCAUUCGGUGUCGACGAGGAAAGACUACGGGAGGUCGUUGAUGCUCAGCAAGAGGCUGUUAUACUGCCGUCGACUUGGGCGGCGCCACCGGACGACAGGAAGAAGAUGUUUGCGAGGAUGCCGAGUAUCAUCAAGAGCUUUAGGAAUGAUAUGAUUAUGGGUUUUGAUUAGAAUGCUAGUGUUAGUUAAAGCUAUUCUAUCUAUUCAGCUUUUUUUUUUUUUUUUUGGGUGGCUUUUCUUCUCACUCUGGUUCUUCUUCCUCUUCGUUUAUGUUAGAGUUUGUUCAUGAGUUUCCAGAGUUGUGAAUAAGAUCGACUUGUGUUUUUUUUGGUUUUAACUUUGAUUUACAUAAAUCUUUAUCCGCUUUGCUUAA